GCUCUCAUCUCCGGGUCUCUCGGAAUCCGGUAGAACUUCAAGUCUCUCCGUCUAUCUUCUCUGUUAUUGCAACCGACCGCCACACACGCCUUCACCAUUUUGAUUAUUAAUUUUAACGAGCAGAAAAACACGCCGUAAAAAGGAGCCGUAACAGGUAAACACGAUGUGUUGACGGACAACUGGGCGGCACCAGUCAGGAGGGCGGAGUUGUGACGUCAGAUGGGUAGGUUCUGUAGCCCGGCGUUGCUCGGGUUUGUGUAACGUGAACGCGAUACAACCAAAUGGCAGAUAAAACGUCAUUUCUUAGUGAUGCAGCAGUAAUGUAAUACCAGUAAAAGGACACCACGAAGGGGUUAAUGCGCAUCACUGUGUAUAGUAUUGUACAUGAGUUUAGAGAGUAACAUGAGUUAAGUGUACUUCCAUUGUGGUUGUUUGUAUUUUGGUCAUUCAGAGAAUGCAGCUGCCAGCUGGACAGAAAAGGUUUUAGAAGGGGACACAGACAAAAAAAAUCAUUAAAUAUAUAUAUUCGACGUAUUAUAAAUCGCGUAGCUGUCUCCAUUCAACUAUAUUUGCUAGGUAAUUUAAGUCGUGUUAUUGUCUCGGUCUGACUACUCUGACCAAAGGGACACACUUUGUGAAGGUGAUACCAAGUACCCGAAGAAUAAGAAAAGGGAUGAUAGGUGCAAUCAGUGAGAAGGAAACUGCUGCCAUCGGACAAGCCUGACCUGCCCCGCCAACCCACAGGGCGCAAGCGCACCACCAACCACUGCGCCCACCCCCACCAGCGGGGAACCUUAGGCCCAGCAUGCGAGCAAACCCCCGACCGGGGAGAGCAACAGCACGCAAGCGGAAUGGAGACAUGGGGAGAACAAGACGGGGCCACCACAUGAUGGAGAGAAACCAGGAAAGAGUCCACUUGAUGAACCUCACCGGCGCAAAGCCUUUCUCCGCUUGCGGUGUCACCAUGUCGCUUCUUGUUGUGAUGAUAGCCGCCUGCGCGACCUUUCUGACGUCCUCUGCGUCGGCGGGCUCGUAUCCAAGCCGUAUCUGCGUAGGUGAUGGGCAGGAGGUGAUAAUCAAUGGUUGUUUUUCGUUCCACCUCGAAAAGAAGAGCUUUUGGGAAGCCCAGAAGUACUGCCAGCAGCGGAACGCUCAUCUGGCCAUUCCCGGAGAUAAGAGGACGUAUUGGGUAUUGACUGCUAGGAUGGGUGACUUCCCUAAAAUUCCUUUUUGGCUGGGAAUGUACCGAAAAGCUUGGCAAACCGCCUGGAUAUUCGCGUGGACAUACGAAACCAAGGCUGUUGACUACAGACAUAUUGGAUUCAUCCCGUCGGAUAUGCAAACAAUGCGGCUUUGGGACGAUUGCCUAACUGUGAAUAAAGAGGGAUAUUACGAAGGAUAUGACUGCACCACUUUGACUCCAUUCAUCUGUGAAGCCAACGACGGUCCAGUUUGCCCGACUUGUAAUUGUACUGCGUGUCCCAGCUGCCCCGCCGUUUGUGCACCUCUCCCUGAACCAUGCCCUCCCACUCCCGCUCCAUGCGGGAUCCCUCCUCCCACCCCUCUUCCCAGUGGGGCCCUUCCUCCAGCACCUACCUGCCGGGCUCCUCCCCCAUGUGCUCUGCAUCCAGGACCAGGUGACGGCACACUUUGGCACCAGGCUUCUACACUGACCAAAGACGUCAAAGACUCGUGCAUGCUAGUUAUGUCAACUAACGCGGAAGGAUUCCUCGUUAGGCUUCUCAGCCUUCUCGGGGUGGGCCGCAGCAUCGUCAUCAGAGGACAAGUCCGAGCGGAUGCAGAGAGGGUCACCUUCCAACUGCACAUGGCCAACGGCACAGCGCUGAACCUGGGCUUUCGCAUCAGCGGGCGAGAGAUUGCGCUCGACUCCAAACUAGGCGACUCUUGGGACAUCGCGGAGGAGACAGAGACAGACUCCCUCCCCAUUGAACACGGACGCAACUUCGAGGUGAUCAUCCAGUGUUACGACGACCGCUUCCGCGUGACCGUUGACGGCAUCCACCAGGAGGAUUUCAAAUAUCGAGGCCUUGACCCGCAAAUCUUCACGGCGCUGACAGCACGCCGUGACGUGUCGCUGAUGGACGUCAAGCUGAUCUGAUGUCGUCGUUACGGAAAGAUGGAAGCGCUACCACCUGUCCGUCCGGGCGUUCGCUUCCUGUCUCCAGUUCUUCUUUUCUUUUUUUUUCUUUUUUUUACAGCCGAUGCUAACAGCACUUGGAUCUUAUGAUGGAAAAAAAAAUACUCACCUGUUUGCUUUUUUGGGUGAAGAAUCACAUUUCAGUACUAAUAAAAGGUUUUGGUAAUUUGUAAAUGAAGCAGUCGUUGAGGUCAAAUUGUAGGAAUGUAUUUCCCCCUCCCUGUCAAAUACGUUGGCCGAAAGCUAUUUGUACUGUUUGUAAAU